AUGAGCGUAAAAACCAAGGCUUCUCUGCCUUCACAAGAAUCAUCGAAUUCUUCCUCUCAAAAAUUUCUCAUCAUCUCUGGUUUAUUGUUGGGAUUUUCGAUUGUUUUUCGCUUUGUUAAUAGACAAUUGGAUUCCGAAACGAAUCAAUCCUUCUUCGGAGAUAUUAUUAAUGUUUUCUCCUCCUUUUUAUUUACAGUUUUAUUGAUUAUGUUUUCUCUCUGUAUAUUAAUGUGCUCUAUAUUAUUCUUGUUACUUUUCCGUAAAGGAAAACCAACACAUAUUCAAUCAUCAAAUGCUGGUAUUGAUAUUUCUAGUAAAGUAAUUGUUAGUGAGAAGGCAAUUAAUGAUAUCAAUGACGAAAGUGUAUUUUUCGUUAGAGAACAAGAAAGUGAUGACGGAGAUUGCAAAUGGUUGAACAUUAUUCUCAAUAGAGUUUUACAACAAUAUUUCUAUAAGAAUGCUUCUAAAAUCAAAAAACAAAUUUUACAAAAAGUUUCAGAGGAAAUGAAAUUACCAGAUUUUGUUGGAGAUUUACAAAUUAAAGAUUUGAAUUUUGGAUCAAAAUCACCAUAUUUUAAGACCAUUUCUGCAAAGGAAGAUAGAAAUGGAUUGCAAGUUGAUAUUGCUGUAGUUUAUGAUGAUCCAAAAACAAAGAUUCACCUCGGAACUGAAAUUUGGAUUAAUUAUCCAGUUAAGAGAUUUGCCUCAUUCCCAAUUCAAUUUGCCAUUGAAAAUAUUUUCCUUGAUGCUAAGAUGAGAGUAAUUUUAUCACCAGAUUUCAAAUUGCUCAAGUUCUGUUUCCUCAAACAACCAAACUUUGAUUUGAUCUUUUCUAAUGAAUUUGGACAUCAUUCUUCACUUCAAAACUUGCCAAUCUUGACUGACAUUAUUAAUAGACAAAUUUACCUCUUAUUGAGUGAAACAUUGGUAGCUCCUAACUUUAUUGAAAUACCAAUCCCAGAACCAAGUGAAAAAAAGACUAAGAAGAGUGAACAAGAAGAUGAAGCUGAUGUUCAAGCUGAUAAUGGAGAAUACUCUAGUGAUGAUUUAGAAAGUAAUAAUGACGAUGAAUUAUCUUCAAGAGGAAGUGAUGAUGAAGAUACAAUUGAAGAGGAUCAAUCAAGACAAAGAAUAACAAAUAGAAAGACUAAACGUUCUACUACUAGGCCAACAUCCAACAAGAAGUAA